GCCUUUUUUUUAACUCAUAUGCACGGCCCUGUCCAUACAUACACCUAGACAAACAAAAAGAGCAAUAAGUGAAAGUCAUGUUCCCGACAAAAACACUUCUCUUUAUCGCCGUUGUGUCACUCCUCGGAACAUUUUCGUUCGCCGCCGUUGAUACUUUCGUCUACGGUGGCUGCUCACAAGCAAAGUACUUUCCGGGAUCGCCUUACGAGUCCAACGUAAACUCACUGCUCACCUCCUUCGUUAGCUCAGCUUCUCUCUACACAUACAACAACUUCACCGUCAACGGUAUCUCCGGGGACAGCUCCUACGUCUACGGAUUGUACCAGUGUCGCGGCGAUCUCUCCUCCGGCUCCGGAGAUUGCGCAAGAUGCAUAGCGAGAGCCGUUAGCCGGCUAGGUAGUUUCUGCGCCAUGGCCUGUGGUGGCGCGUUGCAGCUCGAAGGCUGCUUCGUUAAAUACGACAACGCGACGUUCCUCGGCGUGGAAGACAAGACGGUGGUGGUUAGACGUUGUGGACCACCGGUUGGUUAUAACUCUGAUGAACUGACUCGGAGAGACUCGGUGGUGGGUUAUCUAGCGGCGAGUAGCGGUGGUUCGUACAGAGUAGGAGUGUCAGGGGGGUUGCAAGGUGUGGCGCAGUGCACCGGAGAUCUCAGUGCAACCGAGUGUCAAGACUGUUUGAUGGAGGCGAUCGGACGGUUAAGAUCGGAUUGCGGAGAAGCCGCUUGGGCUGACGUGUACUUAGCCAAAUGCUACGCGCGUUACUCGGGACGUGGAGGUCACUCUCGAGCCAACGGCUAUGGUGGAAGUCGUAACAAUGAUGACGAUGAGAUAGAGAAAACACUUGCAAUCAUAGUUGGCUUAAUUGCUGGAGUUACGUUACUCGUUGUAUUUCUCUCUUUUAUGGCAAAAUCGUGCGAGAGAGGUAAAGGUGGGAAGUAAAUUACGUAUAUCAAUAAAAAGAAAGAAUGAAAUGCGUAAAGGAGAAAGAAAAGCGAAGAGAUUCUUUAUAUUCUCCACUAAAACUCUACAAAGAUGUUUCUUUUUUGACCCACCUUUAAUUUAAGUUUUUUUACUA